AUGGGUCUUUAUUCCGUACUCAAUGAUCACAAUAAUUGUCUACAACUCGCAAUCAAAGGAUUAAUGAAGGAUGGUAAUUACUUUAAAGGUCGUGUAUUAGUCUCAGAGAUGUUGAAACUUUCACCAUCUUUAGAAUCAGAAUUGCCUGUCCGUCUUAAUUAUCUAAAAAAUUGGAAUCCGCAGCAAGGCUUAGAAAGAAAGAGAAAACUUUUAGAAGUUCUGGAGAAUUUAAAACGACUCCAUGAGCGACGAAAGGAAAGUGAAGAAAAACGAGAAAAUUUUCGAAAAUCUUUAAGUUUCGAUCUCAAUGACACCAGAUAUAACUCUUUAAAAUCUGUAAUUUCAGCCUUGAUAGACGUUAAAAACAAAAUGACAGAACAUAAAGUCGAUCCUAAUUCGUUAAUAUCGAUCACUAUCUCUACCAAUCCUGUUCCAAAUGGCAAUGCUCCUCGGUCUAUCCGUAGUUCUCACAAGAAAGCCCUAAAUCAAAAUAAUAAGCGAAAGACCAUAGGAUCAAGAGGAUCAAGUCCUGAGUUAUCUGUCAAACGGAGACCAAUUCGAAAUAAGAAGACAACCGAUGCAACGGUCGACAAUAUGUACAAAAAGAUUUUCUUCAUGUUCCCCGAAAGUGUUUUAAGUCGUGAAAUAGUCCAGAAAGACGACGGCUUAGAAAGAAAGAGAAAACUUUUAGAAGUUCUGGAGAAUUUAAAACAACUCCAUGAGCGACGAAAGGAAAGUGAAGAAAAACGAGAAAAUGUUCGAAAAUCUUUAAGUUUCGAUCUCAAUGACACCAGAUAUAACUCUUUAAAAUCUGUCAUUUCAGCCUUGAUAGACGUUAAAAACAAAAUGACCGAAAAUAGAGUCAAUCCAAACUCGUUAAUAUCAAUCAAAGUCUCUUCCAAUCCGGUGCAAAAUUGCAAUGCUUCUCGAUCUAUCCGUAGUUCUCACCUAAAUCAAAAUAAUAAGCGAAAGACACGUGGGACAAGUCCUGAGUUAUCUGUCAAACGAAGAUCAGCUCGAGAUAAAAAGACAACCGAUGCAACAGUCGACAAUAUGUACAAAAAGAUUUUCUUCAUGUUUCCUGGAAGUGUUUUAACUCGUGUAAUAGUCCAAGAAGAAGAGUUACAGUUACAAACACAGAACGAAGCUCAAGUUGAACAUUUAAUUUUAACCCGUUAUCGUGCGAAACAAAUACCAUUCGUCUCAAAAGGAAAACAAAUCAAUCUGCUUAUUAACGAUCUUCUUUACGAAAUAGCAGACCAAGCAGCUGCAAUCAAAUUACCUUCUAAUUUCAUCGAUCUGUAUGGAACUCAUCGACAAAGUUAUCCAUUGUCCAAACCUUCAAUGCUUUGUACCAGUGCUAUUGGAAUAUUAGCGACAAAAUUGAUCUUAACUGCCAAUGAAGUGAAGUUUAAUCAAUCUGAAGCAAUAUUUUUGACUGAAUCAAUUCCAUAUCUACGAGAUUUAUUGAAUUCUAACGAUUAUGAUAAAUUUUUCAUUCGUCUCAUGAUUCUUCGAGGAAUCAAAGAAUCUAAAGUUGAUUAUCUUCUAAUGGCAAAUGAAGUUUUCGAAAAAUCUAACCUUAAAUUGGUUCAAACCACAAAUCAAACAGUUUAUUGUUCGUCUAUUCUUAAAUCAAUGAUCAACAAGAUGAACGAAAAUAAUUUGGAUACGUUAUUGGACCAACAUCGACACGAGGAAAUUGUUGAACUGUUAGCAUCUAAAUCUGAGCUCUCUAGACAAGAAGAAGUGUACCUUUGUCAAGCUAUUCAGUCAUCGAAACAAUGGAAACGAGGAGUCGAUAUUAUUGCUAAAAGUAAACAAUUAACUGUUCGAUUGUUAAAACUGUUACGAGAUUGUUUAAAGAAUGGUGAUAAAUUAUCAAUUAACGGUGAAUUGGCUAUUAAAUUGCUAAAAUUAGGGACUAAAGACUACAAUGCAAUGGCCUGGACUUGUAUUCUACAAACAUUUAUAAAUGAAAUGCGAGUUGGUAAAUUAGACGAAGGAAAAAUCACCGGUUUGAUUGGUUCAGUUCACGAUUAUUUAGGUCAUGGAGGUGCUUGUGGUGAUUACAAUGGAGAGUUUUUAUCUCUUUCAUUAGAUUAUCUGAUUAAUCAAUGUAACAAAAAGAAAGAGAGACUAAUCAACAGCUGUCUUGGUUGUUUCUACAAUCAAUUAAAAUGUAGCUUCCUUAUCUCUCAUCAUGAAGCGAGAGUUACUCUACGUUGGAAGGACAUUUUUACUAUUUACAAUUACUUCAUUCCUAAAACUUUACCAACUUUUGAUAGUGAAACAGGUAAAUCGAUUGGCUCAAAUAUUGAGGAGUUGUUACGCAGUUUACUUCUCUUGGUCCCUGACAAUUUAAAUCCUGAAAGAUUUUCCAAUUCUGUCAAAGAAUUUAUCGAUCAUGGAAAAUCAAUUGAGCCUACAAUUAUUCCAAAAAAUCAUGUUACUCAAGAUCUUUACUAUUAUUUAGCUGAUUAUUACUUAAAACACGGCCACUUUCAAAAAGCCAUCAAAUUCUAUAUUCUUGAUUUAACUUUAAAUCGAAGUCGAUUUGAUUCAUGGGUUGGUUGUGCUCUCUCAAUGACAGAUCUAAUCUACCAAUAUUCUUUACCAAGUUGUCAAGUUUUCUACUCAGCUAUUGAUGAAGUGUUGCUUUUGGGAGAGAAAGCUGGUCGAUGUUACAAUGAAGCACUUCGACUUAAAGAAGGUGAAUCUAAAUUGAUGAUUAAAUAUGGAAAGUGUGCUUAUAACAUCGCGAGUUAUAUUUCGCGAGUCAUGAAAUUUGGACCAGUUUUGGAAAAUUCGAGAAAAGAAACAAUGAAUCAACGGCGAAAGCAAUUCUUAGAUCAAGCUCGAGUUUGCUUCGAAUCAGCUAACAAAUUUGCUAAUGAUGACGAAAUUUGGUUAAAUUACUAUUUCUUAGGAAAAAUCGCUGAAAGAAUUAUAGAAUUUUUCACCAAUACACUACCCGACGGCGCACCCUGUAUGUUCUCAAGUGCAGCAAAUCGUGGUAUCGAUUAUGACUUUGAAAUUUGUGAUGGGUUUGGCAACGAAAUUCAUUAUCGUAUUCAUGCUUGUGUCCUCAAGUAUAUUAAUAGGCACAAAACUCCGCCAACAAAAAUAUUAUCACAGAUUAUGUUGUUUCUAACUCGUGCUAAGAAAAGCUAUUUCGGUUCUUGGUUUAAUCUAAAAGAUGAAACAGAUGAUGAAAUCAUGCGAGAUAUCAACGAAACGGUGACUGAUUUGGCUACUCUGGUCCAUGAUGGAAUCUUCGAAAGCGAUAGUGAGCAAUUAGUCAACAGAAUAGAACAAACGUGUCUUAAAGCGAUUUUUUAUAUUUUAAAAGAUUAUCGUCAUCAUUACAAAUCGCUUUAUCGAAUUGCGCAUUAUCAUUUUCUGACUACAGACUAUCGAUUUUCACAAAAGGUACUUACAGAUAUAUUGUAA